UAGAACUAAAUCAAAGGUAGUCGUAGCCUAUAGGCUAGGGCGUGUUUAACAAAUUAUGAUAUCAUUCCUAAUUCGAGUUGCGCCUGUUAUACAGUAUUAUCACGUUACCUUUUUACGUUUAUAUUCCCUUGAAUUCCGGAGUGCAUUCAUCCACUUACUUCCGCGUAGCAGUGCCAGAUAUGCUAGUGCUAUCUGGGAGUCUUGGGACGUCCAUACACUAAAUCCUAACCUUAAACCCUACCCUUACUCUAACCUUAACCAUAAUCCUUACCUAACCUUAAGCAUUAUUAACCAACUUCAAAGGGAGGUAAGCCCGUCCCAAGGAUCCCAGAUAGCAUGGACCGUGACAGGUGGGCGGGCAUGGGGAUGGUUUGAGUGAAGCGCUUUCCAAAAGAAAAAAGAAGAAGAAGAAGUGCGCUCUCCGCGGAGUCGACAGAAGCAGAUUUUUCUGUUUUUCAGGGAUAUAGUGGAUAUAGUAUUUUCAACCUGACUUCCGUUUCACCUGAAAACUGAAGCACGGACUCCGCUCAAGUACAGUGGGUGGCCACCUGUCCUUUCACACUCCAUUGGUACUUCCGGUGUAAGUCUGCGAGGACGUCGUCAAAACUUCCGCGGAGCAGUCGACAGGGACCAGCGAAAACGACUGUUCCUUGGUCAAACUCCACGGCAUGAUGAAGACACAGGGUGUAUUGGUGGGGGCGUCUCUGCUGACUAGCGUAGCUCUGCUGGGACUGAUAAACGUGCGGCGGAAAGAAGAGAUGAAGGAGCAGAAACAUGUAUCGUUCGAGACGAUUAAACUGCGUGUGACCAGAGACGUACUGGGAGAGUACCAACACGAGGUGAUCAGAGCUCACAACCUGUUGGACAAGACCAAGGCUCAGGUGGAUACUCUGGGGUCAGAACUCCCCCCACUGCAGGCUGCAGAGGCCAAGAAGAAGAGUGAACUGGAGGCAUGCCAGGGAGAAAAGAAACAUGUUGCUGAUGAGGUGGGGGCCGUUGAGGCAGAGAACAGUAACUCCAAAACUGAGUUUGAGAAGCAAAAGGCUGCCUGGGAAGCAGAGAUGACGUCUCUCAAACAGCAGGUGGUGCAGCGCAGCAAAGUGUGUGUCUUUGUGAAGAAGGACUCUGUAGAGGGAAGGAAACUGUGUGGCGAUGAACCGCCUAAACAAGAGGCCGCUCCAAAACCAGAUGCCCCCAAACCAGAAGAAUCCAAACCAGAUGCUCCCAAACCUGAUUCUCCUAAAGAAGCCCCUAAACAAGAGGCCGCCCCCAAACCAGAAGAACCCAAACCUGAGGCCCCAAAGAUGAGAUGAGCAGAGCUGGGUAUCUUUUGUUCUCUUUUUCUGGAUGGACGAAGAGAACGGGAAGAGCCACGUGGAAUCAAAGAAAAGACCUAAGGAAGGCAGAUGAAAAAUGGAGACCUUCUGCAGGACAUUUCUCUGUUCCUUUUUAAACUCGUUAGAACUUGUCCUUCAUGCUACUUUAGUGUCUAUUAACUACCAUCUAACAUGAGUGGAUAUUGAAUACUGUUUGUUAACCUUGUCCGUUCCUCUCUCUCUCAGUAUGACCCUCCCUCGGGGGGUGUUUGUGUGUGUGAUUUGAACAAAUGUGUAUGUGCCACCAGUAUCGACCAAUUGGAAAGUCCAGAGCCUCUCUCUGUCACUCCUCAUCAUCCUCACUCUGUUACCCUGGUGACGGUAUUAUGCAGUGGUGGCGACCAUAGCAUUGACCAAUCAAAAGUCGUGGAUUAAACAAAUGGUAUUUCUGUUUGUCUGAUUCUGAUGUAAAAGCUUAACCCUAAAGGAAAGUUUUGAAUGUGGAUUUUAGUAACUAUUGAUACAGAACCAUUUCAUUUUUAAUGUGAGCACAAACAAUGGCAUGGUUUACUGUAUGUUCUGAUUCCCUCCAUCUUUAAACAUUUCAACACAAAUAACUUAUAACAGCUGCUGAAGAUCUGUUAGAGUAUCACAAUGAUGUAAAACUCAUAUAGAAUGAAGUCACCUCAAAUUAUUGGCACCCUUGAUAAAGAUGAGCAAACAGUACUUUAUAAUACACAAUAGCUUAAUAUUUGUAUAUUGCAUGCUCAAAUAAAAUAUUUAUUGUACUACAA